AUGUCUUCAUUUUCAUCCAGCAGUCGUAGAGGAAUUGCUUCGGGUGGGAUGGAACGCAGAAAUUCGAAUCGACCGGGAUUGCCGCCGAUUGUAGCAGCUAUUCAAUCUGGAAAUACAAAAGCUGUUGGUUCCCUAUCAAGAUAUGGAGCCGUCAUUCGUAACAUAUACCAAACAUACGGAUCCCAGUUCUCUCUAUCUCUAGCUCCAAACUCAGGAAUGUGUAAACUUCUUGACGAAAAAGGAAUCAAUGAUUGGAAUUGCAGAACCAGGGGGUAUUUCUGGGGGCGAUUCAUACCUGGAUUAAGCACAGCACAAACAAUCAAUGUCAGCACUAUGGCGGAAAAUAAAUGGUUUGUCAAGAUAGAUAGGGUGUCACCCUUGCAUCAGAAAUCAAUAUAUGGCACCAAAGAGACUAUACAGUAUGCUCUGGAACUUGGGAGUGAUGUGGAAGUCGAUGUUACUGCAAGUUUUGGUAUCACUCCAUUGUUCUUUGCGAUAUAUGGCAAAAGGCCUGACAUCACUGAACUGCUUCUAUCAAAAGGUGCCGCAACUAACGUUAUCUACGGUCCUCGGAGAUUGACACCGCUACAUCUUGCUGUUGCAGGAGGCAGUGAGCUAAUCGUUGAGACUCUUCUUCAAUACGGGGCAGAUGUUCAAGCUCGUGAUGAUGCAGGGCUUAUUUUCGCUACGCUUGCUUUGGAUCUUAAGCAUGAAAGUAUAGCGGAAAUUUUGAAUCAAACUUUAGCCAAACUUUUAAUAUUUGAGCCCAUUUCUCCGAAUAGCAAUAGAUCAGCCACAGAGACUGAUAUAGUGGACAGUAAUAGAUCUGUAUCUGUCUCAAUUGAAGAUGCUCUCAUCUGUCGGGACCUUGCGACUCUGAAACAUCUACUUCAAAAUGGCGACUGCAUUCAGAGGGCUUGUUUCUGCGGGUGCAGUCCAUUGCUCAGAGCUUUCGUGAGAAGCUCUUCCAGAGAGAUAAUUCAUUUUCUAUUGGAUAAUGGAGCUUCUCUAGAUGGAGUAGUGAGGUGUACAGAACAACUACCUACUGCUGGGUUUACACCUCUUCACUGUACCGCAAUGUUGGGAGACGAACAGAUUAUGGAAAAGAUUCCCACACUAGGAAAGUCGACGCCUCAACAGAAGGUCCACCAUUUACAUGUUGCAGCAUAUAACGUUGAUAUGAAAAGCAGCUUUACUAAUCCUCGAUGCUUCGAGGAGGCGCAGAUUGUGAGCAAUGAAAAUCAUGUUGCCAAGGAUAUCGGCGGGACAGCUUUGCAUUAUGCUUCUUUUCAAGGCCAUUUGAAUACUAUGAAAGAACUCUUGAAAGCAGGAGCAGACCUUCAUGCUCAAAACAGGUGGGGAGAAACACCUCUACAUGUUGCCGCAGAGGACGGUCAAUAUCAAGCAUGCCAACUCCUAAUCUCUGCCGGAGCUAAUGUGCUAUCUCGGGAUUUUGAGAAACUCUGCCCAAUUCACAACGCGAUAUGGGGAGAGUAUCCACAAAUAGUGGAGGUUAUGGUCAAAGAAUUGGUUAGGUCCGAUAUUCUUUGUGAAGAUGGGAGUGAUCUACUGGCUUAUGCUUGCCGCUUUGGCAAUGCAGAGACAGUAGAAAUACUCGUUACCGCUGGGAUGAACAUUAAUCCAACCUACAAUGAUGAGUUGCCGACACCCUUCUCAGCUAUGUUCAACCAGACUUUGACUGAAGAAUUCCGAAUAAAGUUAAUAGCGGAUGUCGAUAAUCCUUACCAAACCCUUGGGUCGGGAAUUUUACUCACGAUUCUUUGCAAGAAAUUCCUGCUUUUGGUAGCCAGAGAAUUACUGAGAAGAGUGCCUAAAGAUAUAAUAUACCAGUAUGUCAACUACGUCAGUAUAUAUGAAACAGCUCUCUACUGUACAGCAGCAAAGUCUCGAGAGCAAAAUUUACAAAUAGCGAAGCUGCUCACAGACCAUGGAGCUGAGCUUGAAGUCAUUAAACCUUCACACGGCGCACCUCUGAUGGGUGCGUGCUACUAUGGUUAUUAUGAUAUGGUUGUGCUCCUUCUUGAAAAAGGGGCAAGAAACACAUGCAAUAAACAUUAUGGGACACAUAUGACUGCAGUUGAAGAAGCUAGACAUCAUCCUGACAAAGUAGCCUUGCUGAAGAACUUUGAGGAGAAAGAUAUUGAAGCCUUAAAUGAGCCCAGGACAGCACUAUUUGCCAAAAUGGUGAAGGUUGAGGAGUGUUUGAAUAGGAUUUCGAAAGAGAAUGAACAAGAAAAAGACCAGGAGAAGGAGGAGAAGAGAAACGAAGAAGGGAAGGAGAUGGAGGAAUGCGAGAAAAGUGGUGAAGAUGAAGGACGUGAGAAUAAUAUAUUUGAGAAAGACAAGGAGCAAAGGUUGUUGGUUUGA